UGAUUUGCUGCCGUGUACACAUGACGGGAUAUAUAUAAACCCAGAGAGCCUGCACUGCCGGACACAGGUAGUAGAGGUGAUGAACCGAGGCUCACACCACCCUGGAUUUUACCUAGAAGAGUGGAGAGGCGAAAGUGCUGGAUUUGGGUUGUUUUCAUCACGGAGGGAAACCUUAGCAAUUUUAACCUUGUAGGACUUUUUUUUGUAAAAACAAAAGGAAUAUCACCCCUUCUUUUUGUUAUAUAAAAGGGAAAAAAAACAAAAACCGAAUAAUAAGGAUCUGGCGAUGAGGUCGGAGGGAGCCUGGGUGAUGGUGCUAGGAUUUGCCUUGAGGUUCUGCCGCUGCGUGGUGUCCAUGAAAGGAGAAUUAGUCAUCCCGGUGCGCUUGGAUCCUGGUCACCUCGCCAGGAACAGCGCUCACGCCCGCGGUCAGAGCGUGGGCUUUAAGAUCGAGGCGUUCGACCAGCAGUUCUUCCUGAAUUUGGUGCCCGAUUCGAGCUUCCUGGCGCCGGGAUUCACCGUCCAGUCGGUCGGCGCGACUCCCCUCCCUACUUGGGGCGCCAAUGUGGACCACUGCUUCUACUCGGGCACGGUCAACGCCGACCCCGAGUCUUACGCGGCGCUCAGUCUGUGCAACGGGAUGCGCGGCGCCUUUGCUUCCAAUGGCUCGGAGUAUCUCAUCCAGCCGGUUAAAAACGAGAGCGGGAGGCCGGCAGGAGCAGGUGGAGAUUAUACCCACAUCAUCCACCGCAGGAGCGCGCCCUCGCCCCAGGGAAACGACACGUCCCGCUGCGGAGUCAGCUCGACCCACGCUAACCUCGCAGUGCUGGAGAAAUUCAAAGCUUCCCAUACCAUGGACCCUUCACCCAAAGGAGAACACGAGGGGAAAAAGAACAGUAGAUCCAAGAGAUUUGCAUCAAUCCCCCGCUUUGUGGAGACUUUGGUGGUCGCUGAUGAAUCAAUGGCCAACUUCCACGGUGACGACCUCAAGCACUAUGUCCUAAUGUUGAUGGCAGUGGCUGCCCGGUUGUACAAACACCCCAGCAUCCUCAACCCCAUCAGCAUCGUGGUGGUCAAGCUUAUGGUCAUUAACCACGAGGAGAAGGGCCCGAAGAUCUCCAGCAACGCUGCGCUCACACUCAGGAACUUCUGUGCUUGGCAGAAGAAGUUUAACAAGGCCAAUGAUAAGCAUCCAGAGUACUACGACACUGCAGUACUCUUCACUAAACAGGUACGUCGUGUGUCUUUCAUGUGUUGUUUCAUGUUAGCAUCCACAAGGAGCAGGAAAAAAAAUCAGUUUCCAAUGUUGUGAAUUUUUUAUUUUCCA